UAAUAUGGCAGAUGAGUAAGAUGCUAGAAUAAACACUGGUUUGAGUGGCAGAUCCAGAGGAUGGAAUUGAACUUGAUACUAUAUACCAGUAUAUGUAAAAGUGCAGUUGAAUCUGGAAUAUUGUUGUGUAAUAUUUCCACUGUUCAGAAGAGUGAUGGCUUGUGGGAAGAAGCUCCUUUGUAGCCUGGAUCUGUGUUUUACCUCAGUGACCAAAAAAAGAAUCUUGUUCUUAACUUUUAACCCCUCAGAUUUCUCUGGUAUUUCUGCAUAUAAAACACAGUAGUUGAACCCAGCUCCACCUCCAGCAUCUCCAACAGCUCUAACAUGCUGUUUAAUCAUGCCUCAAUAUGAAUCAUUUAAUGAUGUCAUAUGAUCAUAUCAGUCAGAGGAACCAAAGCAGUACGUUUACUUUAAUGCUACAUUUUACCUCUGAAACUUAUGUACUUUUACUUGAGUAGGAUUUUUGAUGCAGGACUUUUACUUGUAAUGGAGUGUUUUAACAUUGCUUUAACAUUGGAGUGUUAGUACCUUAGUACUUAAAUAAGAAUCUGAAUACUUUUUCCAAAAUCAAAUGCUGCUGUUGUUGUGGCCUUACUGUUUCCAAUUGUUUUUAUCUAGAACUGAAGAUGGCAACCCAGUUAUCCUUGUUGUCAACCCAGAUGCCCCUGCAAAACGUCAGCAGGCUGUACUGGUGGCAACUAUAGAGGCCCGUUGCUAUCGGGAGAAAAUAAUUGUCUUCCCCAGACCUCCACAGGAGCUGCAGAACAAGGCCACUGCCCUGACCCAUGCAGAGAAUCUCCUUUGAGCAGAUGGCAUCCCUGCGCCAUUACAUCAGCUAUGCUUGGGAAAGCUGGUGGUGCUAUAUGGCCAGUAUGAGAGUGCCCCGUUCCGCUGGCUUGUGGCAAACGAUGUGGGCUACAUGAAAUACUUAUUUGACAAGCACAGGUCAAAGGUAACAAACCCACAUAGGAAGGCAGAGAUACUGAAUGAGUGGGUCAAAGACUUCCUCACAGAAUAUACAGAGGGCUUCCCACCUGGUCAUUGAGGAGCUGAAAGGUCACGCUGGACUGGACGAGAAUGGAGUGAGCCUCUUCAAAACACCUGAGGCCAUUGAGAUGUGGGCAGCCCAGCAGCAACAUCUGGAGUGCAUUCAGGAUCCACCAGAUUUGAACAUGUAUAGGGUGGCACAUACCACAACCUUCAACAAUGUGGACGUGCCCUACUAUAAAUGUUUGCAUGGAAACAGCCUGGAAGGAUUCCACAAAGCUCUACCGAACAUGAUUCCAGGUCCCCACUGCGCAGCACAUCCCUAUCAGGUUUAUCUGAUAAGUGGCAUUGCACGGUGGAACUCGGACAGGACCUCGACUGCUGUGUUUGGUGGCAGAGGAAAGCACCACAGGAUUUAUUCUGCACCACUGAUUGACUGCCUCAACACCCGCUGUCGACAGCUGAUCGGAGAGACUGUGGAGGACAACUUCCGGGCCCCAGCUGAUGUCCCUUCCAACAAGCUGAUUGGGUUAGAGUACCUGUUCUGCCGGAGCACGGCCGAAUCCCUCUCUCUCCAGGACAUUGUCAAUGGUGGACCCAGUCCAGAGGAGGAGGUGGUUCGUCCUGAGCAGCCCGAUCCAGAUGAAGCUGACUACAGUGGCACAUGGCGCUGCACUGGAUGCUGACUUGCUUCACAUCACGCUCACUAGUGACGAAACCUCCACUGUUCACUCUCCGGCCUUUGAGGAUGCCUGCAGUCCAAACCCUCUUCCUGGCUUUCAAAAGCUGGAAAUGUUCUGCUCUUUGCUGGUGGAGGUUGGCCUGAUAGAGGACAAGCUGUCACUUACCACUGAGCAGAGGAACAGGGUCCUUAAAGCCUGGAAUGCAGUGGAAGAGCAUGACAAGCAGGCAGUGUUUUAACCAGUUGUACAGAACACACUGGAGCAAUACCCUCUAUUGCUGCAGGAAAAGGGAUGAUCUUGUUGAUGUCCUGUUGUGCUGGUGUGUAACGCUUGGCACAUCAGUGCUCAGAACAGGCUGAUGUACACGCUGGUGAAACUGUUGUGGUUAUGAUCGCCUCAAGGGUCUCGCACCAGCCCUGAAAAGAGGGCCACCCUGAAGGUGUACGAGCAAAUCCAGCAUCAGAUAUUGGUGGAGGAUCCAGUCCUGCACAAGGCCUCUACCAAAAAUUAUCAAGACUGUGCAGGACUUCAUCCAUCAUCAAGAGAGGGUCCUCAACCUGCAUGCCACAAAACAGCCAGCCACAAUCACAAAUGAGUUGUAAGUAUGCAGUAAUGUGUUUGUCUUUCUCUCUGAGAACCAGCUACAGGACCCCAACCAAUCCGGGUUCAAACCAGCCCACUCUACUGAAACUGCACUCAUCGCAGUUUCAGAGAAACUCCAUGCAGCAAGGUCAGCUGGACUGUCAUCAGUUCUGAUUCUUCUCGACCUCUCUGCAGCCUUUGACACUGUCAAUCACAAGAUCCUUUCUGGCCUUGGCAUUUCAGGAACAGCAUGGAAGUGGUUUGAGUCCUACCUAGAGGGGUGCUCCUACCAGGUAACCUGGAGGGGCUCAACAUCCACUCCAUGCAACCUCUCCACUGGUGUUCCUCAAGGUUCAGUUCUGGGACCUCUCCUAUUUUCUCUCUAUACCUGCUCACUUGGACAUGUUAUUUCUUCUCAUGGCUUUUCAUAUCACUGCUAUGCUGAUGACACACAAGUCAAAAUGAGGCUCAGUAUUGUGUGUGGCCUCCACAUGCCUGUAUGACCUCCCUACGAUGCCUGGACAUGCUCCUGAUGAGGUGGUGGAUGGU